AUGCAGGAAGAAGGCGCAUCCAGUAUCUUAAAAGGCGUAGCCACGGUGACGAAGCUGCUCUCGGUCGAAGCAGACUCGUCGAUCUCGUCCGAUGACUUUUUCCGCGUUUUCUCCUCGAAUCUCGAGACUAUAAGGCCAGUGAUGGAGGAGCUCCAGCGUGCUAUCGCAGUUCUCAGUGCACAACGUGUACUAGAGCUAUCGGGAACUCAACUGAUGGACGCUGGAGUGGAGCUCUACAAUGCACCGCGACUUGCGCUCCGGAUGUUGGCACAAGUCGAGAAGUCCAAGAAGCACGGAGAUGAUCAAUCCACGAGCUCUACGAAGUAUCUCCUGGCUAUGACAAGGCUCGUUGCUGCAAAGACCAUGGGGUUGUCACUCGCGUGCUCUAGAGACAGCGGAAAAACGAGCUUGCAGUUUAUGGAAGAAUCCGUCGACGUCUUACGUUCCUAUGGCCGAGUGGGAAUGCUUAUGCUGGAAAGCGCAUCGGCCGAUUGCCAAAAGAGCGAAGAUUACCUGUCCCUGGCCAACGAGUCCUUCAGCUCGUCCAUGCAGCUCUGGUCUCGCAUCGGGCUCUCGUAUCUGAAGAAGUUCAAGCAAGGUCUGGAGCUGGAAGACAUUGUAGAUGAUUUGUGGGACUUUUGCGUCGACCGCGUGCGAGUGCUGCAGUUGCUGGCGGAACGCUCGGCCAGUUUGUCGGAAGAGUAUCGUGAGAUUGUUUCUUCACUGCACGAGUUGAAGACGUUUGUGCCAUACAAAGCAUCGUACGCAAGUAGUUUGCUGAGUCUGAUGACGAGCUUGAGUGACGGGUACUGUAAAGCGGCCCACCACGAGAUACAGAUCUCCUUUGUUGAAGAGACGCUAUGCAUUUGUGACGCCCUUGAGAGUGACGGAGACGAGAGCUUUCCGGAUUUGAUUGCCUCGUUCAAGCAGCAUGUGCUGGGUAAUUUGAUGCAGUCCCUUUGCCUAACUGGAGACUUAGAGCGAGCAGAAACGUGCUACUUUCUUGUCCCGGAUAGCCGUGAGCCCAAGAUCUUGCUGCUCAUGAUCAAGCUCUACGUUGAUCACAAACAGUAUGAGAAAGCACGUCGAUCGCUUCUGCUUUUGUUUGAGCAGGAGAGUCUUGAGGACUCGCUCGUGGGGGCCCGUACCUAUGCUAAAGGGUUAUCCUUCUCCGACAAAGGGCUGGAUGUUUAUCGUGCACUGAUCGACAACCACGGGGAUGCUGAAUUUGACAUCAACCUGGACAUUGCGUGCAGCCUCGCUUUUGAAGAGACUAAGCGAGAACAAGCAAUGAGCGAGCUCAAGCGCAUCGGGUGUGUCCUUCUCGAAAAAGAACGAGAUGGUGAGGCUGUGGACUCCAAACAUAUCAUGCGGGUCCGGCAGACGAUUUUUGAUGCUCUGCAGCAUGCACUUAAUUCUGACCGGCAUGAGGAUUGUUUAAAAUGGGCAGAUGCUGGAUUAGCUGCGGCGUCGACGACACAGGACAAAGCGGUUUACUGGAGAACCAUGUCUCGCUCGUGCCUUCAGUUAGGCCGCGAUUCGGAGGCACUUCAGUGGGCGAAAAAGGCUUUUGAUGCAGAGCCUUCCAAGCAGUCCUUGUUUGCUCUGUUUCAAGUAACACUGAAAUCGAAAGUAGAAGCUACCGAAGGAGAACUGGUACAUCUCAUGCAUCAGCUAAAGGCCAGAGACGAUUUUGAGAUUGAGGACUUGCUCGCUAUGGGAAAGGAAGCCAACAAUCUGGGUCCAUCGAGGCAAGGUUUCGUUAUGCAGAUCCUGGAUGAACUGUGCCAUAUUCUGUUGCAAGGCGAUGGUUGCCCGACAACGAUCUCUGUGGCAGUCGUUUUACAAAAUGCAGCGCAACUUGCGCUCACCAGAUCCACUCAGCAACAUCAAUCGAGGGACACUUCAACAAACUCGUACUGCGAGAAAUUCAUGUCAUAUGCUGGAGCGCUUUUGCAAGUGUCAAAACCAGAUUUUACCAAGCAGAAGGAAAGUUUCGGACCUUCUUCAGUCUUCGAGUGGUUCUUUCGGAUGAGCUUUGACAUCGCCAAAGGCACCGAAGACUCCAGGUUUUUCAUCGUUGCAGCCGAUAUUGCAGAGCGGUGCGACGAGCUCUAUCACGAGCAUUCUCCCCUCAAGAAUCGAUGCCGGCAAUGUUUGCUUGCUGCCGUGAGCUCUGCCGUGAAAAGAAUAGAGACGCUGGACAAAAGCCAGCUGCUGGAGCUUCUCGAAGUGAUCAAUCGGUUCGAAGCAACUGAUCAUGAGAACACACCGGAUGCUACCGACGUCAUGCGCUACUUGACGAGAGUGACAGUUGCAGUAAAGUUGCGACUGCUCGACCCGAAUACAAAAGCGAUUUUUGAUCUCUGUCGAGUGGCUAAGCUCAGUACAGCUGAGCUCAUGGAGAUCGGAGAGUUGGUAAUAUACGCGGCGAAGUUUAACGAAGCGUCUGAGGUUCAAACUAGCUAUCUGACUCUGGGUAGAGAUGUGUUCAGUUACGGGCUUGAAGUGCUAUUUCAAGAAAGCUCGUUGGAUUCGGCCAAACUAUGCUACCUGCUUCGACGGCUUGUUACACUAGCAGAGUCAAAGACGAAGGCAUACGAGUGCUUCGAGCAGCUCCUUGAAUUUGUUUACAGCUCAGAUGUGGUGAUGCCCGACCGUGACAUCGAGUGGUUUGUUGCGAAAGCAUGGAACAUUGGUGUACUCUGCCAUCGCGGAAACGAUACUGCUGAAGCCCUCAAAUUCAUGAGAGUUGCUCAGGAUGUCAUGCAAUGCAGCAAACCACUCGUGGAAAAGCUGAGCAAUGGGCUUAACCAUCAGUACCAGGAGCUUCUGAAAUUUAGUACCAGUUCGACACACGAUGGGUAA